AUGGAUAACUCACCGGCUUCAUCAUCUACAAGUGGUAACAGUAACGAUGGUCAUCUUAUCGAAUUACUUGCUACACAAAUCGAUUCAGAUAGUAUCGCAACAGUUAUAAAUUAUCAAAAAAAUUCGCUUGCAAGAUUUGAAAAAACAAAUGAAAUGUUAUCAAACUGUUGUAUACUUUCGGAAAAAAGACUGGAAAAAGCUAAAAAAGAAUUCGCCGAAAAUCGUGAAUUAAUUUUGGGUGUAAAAGCAGAUUUGGAAUCAAUCUUCCAUCGGAUACGACUUUUUAAACAAAUUCUUGCAAAAAAAUACCCAACAAUUUAUAAUGAAGUCGAAAGUUUGAAUAAAAAUGAGGAAUAA